GUGGUUUGUUUUUGAGGGAAAAGUAAUUUGUUGGUGUGGUUUGUAAAUUGACAUAAAAUAAAGAUGUUUUAUUUUAUUUAUGAAACAACUCAAAGCUGGGAUACAGAUUAGGUGAAACUGCACCACUGGUUGCCCCAGGUGCAUCUGUUAUGGGUUUUUAAACUGGGCAGAGGAGCAUUCUGAGUCGUGAUAAUAAAAAAACAAGUGACAUUCUGCUCUUCUAUCAUGUGUGCGAUGAUGUCUGGUGGGGGGGGGUGAUCAUUGUUUGACGUAAUGUCUUUGUUUGGAGGGAGGGGGCACUCAACAUUUUCAGCAUCAUCUCAGUUCAUCCUAAAGACACUUGUUUGCUAUCUGCACUGCACUGAGUAUUUUGCAAGCAAGUCCUCAAACUUGAAAUAAAAAUGAAAGAAACCGUCGCAACAAGCUGUCACGACUCAUUUAUCCUGUUUUGUCAGUUUGUGAGCUGGUAAAACCAACAUAAUUAGUGUAUCGGUGUAAAGGAUCACACAUGAUGCAAUAGGAGGAUUAGAUAAAAGGUUGCUUGUAUAAGUAGGCUAUGUAUUUGCCUCCAAUUAUUGAAUGAAAAAUCUCUAAAAGCAUUUUUCCAUGACUCUCAACCCUGAGAAGAUGGGUUUGAAUAUGACGAUGGCACUACAUUACUCUGCUAAGUAACGUGGAGGAUAUAGUGCCAUCUGGCUUACACAUACUGUAUCAAGAUCUUUCAGGUGAGUGUACAUUAAUGUAGUAAUGUUAGCUAGGGGAAAGAAACUAGUAUGGAAUGUACUGUUCCUCCAAGCCAAUGACUAGGUGGUCAUGAACCCAAAUGUCAAAUGAAUGUGCUUAUGUCACAGAGAAUGUAAUGUGUGUCUCGUACUGACAGUGUGUGUAAUAUUUUAAACCAUGACAUCCAUUUUGGGGCACACAAAGGCAAUGUAUAACCAGGGAGUGACUCAUCAGCCAAGUCUCUAUUUGUUGUUAUGAAUGAGAUCCGCUGAGAGGCUGUUCUCUCAUCCUAUUUUAUUUUCAUCCCCAGCUAUUUGUAAUUUGUGGGGGGAACAGUGAAACAUAUUUCUGUUAUGUAGUUAGGCUCCAGUUCGCUUUCUGAACAGUAGACUGAAGCAAUGAGGGGGGAAAAAGCAACAAUUUUGGUUUUGAACAUCGAGUGAAUGACUGGCUGAAAUUGCUUGAGCCACAACUAGAUGAAAUGUGGUUGGUACUUCCAAUCUAGAAGUCAUCCCUUAAGAGUUAUUAGUUUAAUAUGCCAUUUAGCAGACACUUUAUCCAAAGAGACUCUGAUGCACAAACACAUGAUGGUGAUGAAAGGGCCCCUCUAGUUGGCUGAGGGAAUAUGUUGCUGUUAACUAAUUUCCUAUAAUUCUACACAUUUUUCCUUGUGGCAUAAAACAAUAAUUAAAUGUUAAUGCUAAUUUCAUGAAAUUCUACAUAUUUUGCCAGGUUCUUUACAUAACAGUGGGGGGGGGGGCUGGGCAUGAGCCUGAUGGGUAAUCUGACCCUGGAUGAUGAGGGGGGUCAAUCAGUGAUGAAUCAGUGAUGAAUGGUGGAGAUGAUAUAACUCAUAUAAUUGGCCAAUAGACGAUAUGAGAGAGGGAAGGAUCCGGAUGUAGCUAUAGGCCACAGAGUAAAGUGUCUUAUGUUGUCAAUGAUUCCUCAGCCCUGUGAGCUUUUAACAGUCACAGGACCCCUGUUGUCAAUAUUUGAUUGGCCAGUUAAUGCAACAAAAAAAGUUUAAUUUGGUGGGUGCUUAUUUGUACUAUUUCACACAUGUGCAAUUGUGAAUUGGAAAUGUAUUUUUUCCAUAUCCCAACUCUCCCUGAGAAACACUUGGAGAGUGAGGUCACGGCCAGGGUCUGCCAUUAUAGCGGCGACCCCGGAGUAAUUAGGGUUAAGUACCUUGCUCAAGGGCGUCCUUUGUUUAUGUACAAUCGGGUGCAGCCACUUUAUAGCCGUCUAUGUACACAAGCAGUGGGUCUGUAGCAUGGGUUGGCCCCCUUGGAUAUCUCAAAGGAAGAUACAGUAUACGAUGCCUGUGUGUACAUAUUCUAAAACCUUUCCAUGAACUCUAUGCCUGAAUCUGAGGAAUCAGUAAUCUUAAUGUUACACCAACGUCACCAAUAGGCUAAUUUGAGAUGAACUAGGGCUGAAUUGAACACUUAACAUGCUAAAACAACGCCUUUGAGUGGAAUAGCUGGAUUAUUAUGUCAAUGAGUUUCUCUCUGAGCCCUUGCAUGUCAUUACAAGCCCUUGCUGUGAAAUUCCAUUAUAAAGACUUUGCUAUUGUGGGGCUUUUUUUGUUGUUGCUUUUUUGCUUUGCUUUUGUGUAACCCGAUUACGUGGCAUUCAUUAGUUUUGAAGGAGAGUCUAGAUUAUAACUCCAAUAUGGGGAUAAUAAUAUUAAUAAUCAACAUCACCGUUAUUAUUCACGUCUAUGUCACACUGUUUCUAUAGACCUAUAGGCUUUUUGGGACACAUGCAAAUUCACAGAAUCUCAUGCAGUCACGUUCCCUCAAGGAAUACAACUGACCUCGAUCUGAGAUCUGUUGUCUAACGACCAUUAACAUUAACAUCCUAGUUAAGAAUUGUGAGGUUCCCGUAGUGUUGUAAAACGUGUGCAGGAGUAGCAGGUGAAACUUCAGAGAGGUAUAAAAUGAACUACUGCGCUGAGCAGCGGAUUUGGAGCCGGUGGCCACCACAUCACAACCACUUGGCCCUUUGGAGUUGUCUUGUAGGACAAUAACGGCACUCAAUCAUUUCCCAAUAACUGUUCGAAUAACUUUUUUUUAGAACUUUUGCAAGCCUUGUUCUUAGACUUUGCUACAGCAGUUUAAAGGCUACUAACACUCGCCUACUGUUCCUCUCAGAAUCGGCGUUAUGGGUUUUGCGGACCUCUUGAAUGACGUUGGCGGGUUCGGGCGUUUCCAAUGGAUCCAUGUUACCUUGUUGUCUAUCCCUGGUCUACUGAUGGCAAGCCAGAAUCUGUUGAAUAAUUUCACGGCUGGUAUGCCUGGACAUCACUGUACCAUACCCAAUAGGACUUCUAUUGCCAGUAGUCAAAACAUGUCUCUAUCAGAAGUGGAUGACAGAGAGCUCCUUCGCGCCUUUAUCCCGAUGGAUGCCAGUGGGACCAAAUUGUCCAAGUGUACAAGGUAUGUCGAGGCGCAGUGGCAGCUUCUUGAAAGCAACGUAAGCGUCAUUGGACAUCAGGCUAACUUUUCACAGCUUGAGACAGAGAUAUGUCUGGAUGGCUGGACCUAUGACAAAACAGAAUUUCUGUCCACAGUUGUCUCAGAGUGGGACUUGGUCUGUACCCUCCGUCCAAUGAAACAGAUGAGCCAGACUAUUUAUAUGGGUGGGGUCCUGGCAGGGGCUAUCAUAUUUGGAGGGCUGUCAGACAGAUUUGGGCGAAAGGCCUUGUUGAUCUGGUCCUAUUUUCAGCUAGCCACGCUGGGCACCUGUACAGCCUUCACACCUUCCUUCAUGACCUACUGUAUCUUACGCUUCAUGACAGGCAUGGCAGUGUCUGGAGUGAUCCUCAACACAGUCUCUCUCAAGGUGGAAUGGAUUCCCACCAAGUCCCGCACUCUGGUGGGCACCCUCUCGUCCUUCUUCUUCACCUUCGGCCAGAUGGUCCUGGCGGGCAUCGCCCACAGCCUCAGGGACUGGCGCAAGCUGCAGGUGGCUGUCUGCGCUCCCUUCUUCCUCUUCUUCCUCUAUAGCUGGUGGUACUCUGAGUCUGCCCGCUGGCUAGUGCUAAAUCGCAGGUCUGACGAGGCCCUGAAACACAUCCACCGUGUGGCCAGGAUCAACCGCAAACCUGAGAUGGUAGAGAAGAUCACCCUGGAGGUUCUGGAAUGUCAAAUGCACAAAGAGGUCCAGUCGAGUAAGACCACCCACACAGCAUACGACUUGAUACGCACCACAGUGAUGAGAAGAAUAUCUCUCUGUCUUAUGGUUGUUUGGUUCUCUACCAGUUUUGCCUACUACGGCCUAGCAAUGGACCUGCAGAAGUUUGGGGUGAACAUCUACCUGAUCCAGAUCAUCUUUGGGCUGGUGGACUUCCCCGCCAAGCUGGUGGCUCUGGGGAGUCUUACCUUUCUUGGUCGGAGGAUCACUCAGGGAACAUGUCUCCUCAUGUCUGCCCUGAUGAUAUUCGCCAACAUCUUCGUCCCCACAGACAUGCAGUCUAUUAGGACUACUCUGGCUUGUCUGGGGAAGGCCUUCACCUCUGCAUCCUUCACCUGUAUUUAUCUGUUUACUGGAGAGCUUUACCCCACCGUCAUCAGACAGACAGGAAUGGGAUUUACCUCCACCAUGGCCAGGGUGGGCUCCAUGGCAGCGCCCGCUGUGCUGAUCCUGGAAGAGAUGCUGCCCGCUCUGCCCAGUAUGAUCUAUGGAGGUGCUGCGGUGGUGGCUGGCAUCAUCGCCUUCUUCCUCCCUGAAACCCUCAACAUCCCUCUUCCUGACACCAUCGAGGAUGUGGAGGAGAAAUGGGCUAAUGAGAAGCUGGAUGCAGAGAAACUGGCUAAAAAGAAGGCAGUGGCUCUUCGGGAGAUGAAGAAGGGAGCAGUUGAGGGGGAUGGGGAAAUCACGGGACUCAAUGCUCUGUGAGGAACAAUCUGAUCAGAAUAAUGUAGAAGAGGUGGUAUGAUUUUACUGUGUCGGCAAACGCUAGCAAACUGUAUACGCUGGGUAGCAAAUUAAAGACAGAUGCAUACAACUGUUUAGAGAACUAGAUUAUUUAAUUGAAACCAAAAUGGAAACAGAUUAGAACCGAAAAGUUGAUUGUGGUAUGCAGGAGAUACUGGUGUUUCUUUGCUAAGCCAUCAUUGUUCAAUUUGUCUUUGUCUGAUUGAUGUAUGGUUUCUUUGGCACAAGGUUGAAAUGAUCAACAGUGAUCCUGUUGACAACUGCUGCCAAUCUCAUAUAAUUUUACAGUUUGUCUCAAUUGUAACCAAAACACUUGGAAACCUUCACUUGUAUAUUCACUGUAUGUGAUUUGUUUUUGUUACCUACAUUUUUUAUUCAAAAUGUAGAUAGAUAAUAAAUUAGACACUUUUACAUGAUAUUUUAUGACUUCAACAUGCAGAUUAUGGUGAUUGUUUUUAUGACAUUUGCAACAUUGUGGAACUAUUUUUGAUUGGUCAUUAUAGAACAAGAUUUAGAACUUGAAAUGUGUUGGCUGUCUAGGGGCGUUAUUGUAGCUUCAUCAAAAAUAAACAGUAGGCCUAUGUGGUUCA